AUGCGGAGGGUGGUGUACGCUAUCUGUCUUAGGAUUUCGACGUUGAGAUCCGAGAGCGAUGGGCCGGAUGAGCCGAACGGUUGCAAUGACCUGGACUGUGGUGGAUCCCUGGGCAGUCCCCACAGUCACAAGAGCAAGAGGUCCAGAACCACCUUCUCCGAGGACCAACUUAAGGUCCUGCAAGCCAAUUUCAACAUGGACAGCAACCCCGACGGUCAGGACCUGGAGAGAAUUGCCAGUCAGACCGGACUGAGUAAGCGGGUGAUCCAGGUCUGGUUCCAGAACGCCAGAAGUCGCCAGAAGAAACACCUGUCUACAGGUAGUAGCGGUGGCAACCACAUGAAUGGGCAGCAGCAGGGGACAAAUGGGGGAGGCCCGCCCGGUGGUAUGAUGCAAGGAGGAGGCGCAGCGGGGGCAAAUCAGGCGGCGGCAAUGUUUGCAGCCAAUGCGUCCGCUGCGAAGCUUCAUCAUCACGCUCUCACUUUUGUGGGACCAUCUGGAUUUGAUGACGUCAUGUCUCCAAACCCAGUCGGACUCAUGUGAUCACGUGACAGGGUCAUAAUAGCUGCAAAAGUUCAUCAGAAUUGUCUUCCGAAACAGGCCAGCUCCGUUUAUCUAUGCAACUAACUCACCCCUCGUAGUGCUAUUAGCUUUUCCGCUGUCAAUUUAAAAAUCCGAAAACCAUGUUUGGUGUAUACAGUUCAAAAAUCAAAAAUAUUAUUCUUUUCUUGACUUUCAAUUUUGAAUCUGAAUUUUUUGUAAAACACCUUGUU